UCGGAAGAGGAAGAGGAGGAGGAGGAGAAAAAAGAGGAUCGGGCGGCGUCCCUUCGGUUGGGCUCGGAGAGCGCGCGAGGCCGAAGUGUGCUUAGCUUCUCGGAGAGCGCGCGAGGCCGAAGUGUGCUUAGGGAUUGGGAGAGGGUGAGGAGGACCCAACCGCCCACAUAUGCAAAGCUGGCGUUUAAUGUAGUAAUAGAAUGCCAUUGGAUUAAUUGAGAAGAAGACUGAAUUGUAUCCUGUGGCCGUGCUUGCAGGACCGCCGGAAUUGCAAUUAGGUUGGGCCCAUAUGUUAGCCGAGGGCUCUGGGUAAACUCAGCUCGGACUGUUGAUGACUCAUCAAGCACAUUCAGGAGAGUAAUUGUGAACUUUAAAUUGUAGCUCAGGCUUAAGUGGUGUGCAAACUCAGGCAUUUAUUUUAGCUUUUUAGUAUGGUCUUAAACGCCCUAUACAGAUAGGCUUUUUUUAUUUUAAAAAAAAUGAUAUAAAAGGAUCCUUUAAAAAAAAGCGUACAGGUUUUGAAAACUAGAAUGAUAAAUCUGAAAUCGGGCCCAUGGUAUGCCUUGUUGAUUGUGAUUCAACAAGUUAUUGAAGCACUAAAAUCUCUCAACCUUUGCAUUAGCUACUUUCCCUUUUUGACCUACCACUCCUGGUAAAAUCUCAUAGAACAUAGAAUGACAGAGUUGGAAGGGGCCUUAGAGGUCAUCUAGUCCAAUCCCCUCCUAAAGCAGGAGAUCCUAUAUACCAUUUCAGACAAGUGGUGGUCCAGACUCUUCUUGAAAGCCUCCAGUGUUGGAGCACCCACAACUUCUGAAGUUUUGAAUAUGGAUGUAACAAUGAAAAAAGAUGACCUUGUGAGGAUUAUUACAUUUACACCACCAUUGUAUAAGCAACGUUAUGCUUUUAUUAAGCAGUUGGUGGAUAAGCAUAAACCUAAAAAGGUGGCAGAUUUGGGAUGUGCUGAUUGUAGCCUACUCUGGAUGCUGAAAUUCUGCAAUUGUAUUGAAGAACUUGUUGGGCUAGAUAUCAGUGAAGAGGUGAUGAAAGAAAACAUGUAUAAGCUGUCUCCCCUUCCUGGUGACUAUCUUCAGCCAAGUGAAAAACAGCUGACAGUCACUCUCCUUCAGGGUUCGGUUGCUCACAAAGAUCCUUGUAUGCUGGGCUUUGAUAUGGUAACCUGCAUUGAACUAAUAGAACACCUAGAGGCAAAAGAGCUUGAGAAAUUUCCAGAAGUAGUGUUUGGUUUCAUGUCUCCAGCCAUGAUCAUAAUUAGCACACCAAACUCAGAAUUCAAUUGUUUACUUCCAAUUGUAUCGUUAUUUAGACAUCCAGAUCAUAAAUUUGAAUGGAAUCGAACACAAUUUCAGAACUGGGCUGUAGAUGUUGCUGCUCGUUAUGAUUACACAGUAGAGUUUACUGGAGUAGGAGCACCACCUCAUGGGAAGGAUGUUGGAUUUUGUACACAAAUUGGAGUGUUUGUAAGAAAAAACCUAAGAAAUGUCAAGCCUGAGAGAUUUGAAGAAUAUCAGAGAAGAGUUUAUAAAACUGUUUUCAAAGUCAUAUAUCCAAGCCUUAAAGAUGAAAAGUAUUUGCAGAAUGCAGUAGUCAAUGAAGUUUUUCGAGCAGCAGAGAUAAUUGCAAGGAAACAACUGGACUAUAGAAAAUCUGAAUGUAAAAAGCAGUGCAGCAGUCUUAUUGGAACAGAGUCCCAGUUUCAGCAAUCUAGUUUCCAGAUGUAUAUGGAUGAUUUUCCUUUCUCUGAAGCCGAUAGUAAAAUUAUGCAGCCAACGGCCGGGGGAAAUAUUAUCUAUGUACCUCUUGGAAAAAUCUUUUCUUUUUCCAAAGUGAAUCAACUUUGUGGAACCUUUGAAAAACUCAGUAAGCUCAUAACUGGCAAAAUUCCACUAAGCCACGAUGGUUCUGCAGUGAUGAUUGAGAUGGAAUGUGAAGAUGAACAACAGAAUGAUGAUAAUAAUUAAAAAAGAAACGUUCCUUUCACGGAGUAGUCAAUAGUUGAAAUACUGGUAAUUGCUGGUUUAAAAAUGGACUUAAAUACCAUAAUCAGAUAUUACAUUUUCACAUUAAAUUGGAUUAUAGAUGGUUGAGUAACGUCUUAGUGCCCAAGAAUGGCACUUGGUUUUGUUUUUCACCUGAGGAAGGUAGCUUGUUCCCAAGAGGCUGUUGCCCACAAAGUGGAUGAAGUAAUGUUAUUCUAGGUAGCACUUAUGGGAGGGGGGGGGGAAAUCCUCCUUUAAAAGUGUAGCAAAAAAUAAAAAUUUCAAACCCAAGUAAGCAAUACUUUUCAAAUAAUUGGAAGUAGAGCGAGAGUGUUUACUCAUCCAUGUGUUUUACUACAUAACUCAGAAUCAGUUCAAAUGCAUGUGAAAAGAUGCCUAAUCACAAAGCAAAAAAAAAAAGUUAUUGAAACAAAAGUUUAAAAAUUGAUUUUCCUAAUUUUAAUACUGGAAAAAGUAAAAUUUAAGGAGUUUUGUAGUAAAAUACAGAGAUUACUGUACAAAAGAUCAUUACAGUAGUAUAUCCUAAAUAAAAUGAAGUAUUUGCUAUUAAUACUGAAGUAUGGUAAGCAUUAAGUACUUAUUAAAUAACCGCCGUGUAUCAUAUAUUAUGCUUUUGAACAUUUUCUCCAAAUGUCUUAAAUGUUUCUGUGCUACAAAAUAAUAACUUGCCAAUUACAUUUGUGUGUUUCUGAAAAUAACAAGUAAGCAUAGUGAUUUGAUUUGCUACUGGGAAUAACAAUACAGAUAGUUUGAGGGAAUAACUAAGCCAGGGGUAGGCAACCUUGGCUCUUUUAUGACUCAUGGACUUCAACUCCCAGAAUUCCUGAGUCAGCUGGGAGUUGAAGUCCACGAGUCAUAAAAGAGCCAAGGUUGCCUACCUGAUUUACUAUACAGAUAGUUUCAAUUUUGCCUUCAAAUUCUAUCAUUGCAGGAAUGACAAAAACUGAUUCUUUUUUGUGAUGGAUGUUCUAAAACUAAAACAUUGUUAGUGGUAAAAUGCAGUCCUCACCUUGAUGUCAUUAAACUGGUUUAUAUCUAAUA